AAGUCUUGUGCAUGUAUACUUACUUUAUGAUACAAACAUAUUCUGUCACAGCCACUCGGUCUAUUAAUGAUCACUCCAGCCUGAAUUAAACUGCUAAAGUAUGCUGUCUUAAGCCCUCCGCAAAGAUCUUACAUGAGAUUUUGGCGACGAGGUUGGCAUGGCCUGCUCAUCCUAGCUCAUGGAAUACCAAGACCUCUAAUACUAAAUACGAUGUCGCAUUACAAGUAAUCCCUUGAGUUGCGCUUUAAUUCUCCGGCUCCUUAAUUUGUCCAUCUGAAGCUUAGGAAGAUCCAAAGCAAAUUUACACCGGCUGCUCCUAGAAUACAACUCGAUCGAGGGCGAUCAAAUCAGGACCACGAUGGAGCAGAAGGUGUAUGUUCACAAUGGAUAAAUGGUGCCAUAUCUAUGAUCAGUAACAUCUAGGUAAAUCAAGGUUAAAAAAAUCCAAAAACCAAAAAAGAUGGCUUAUAAACGUCAUGAGGGCUCCAUAUCUCAUCUGACAGAGAAGGAGUUAUCACCGUCAAUUCCCCGUUUUUUCCAUGUACUGAAUGAUGCUCAUGUCUUACAUGCACUGCGCUUGCCAUCUUCAUUUGCUCCAAAGGUGGAGCACUUGGUGGACCAAGAAAUCCUCCUUGAGGAUUUAUGUGGGCAGAUAUGGCCUGUGACUCUAUCAUAUGUUGACAAUGCAUUAUCAUUCGCAUUGGGAUGGGAAAUAUUUUAUAGGGACCAUGCUCUUGAGGGGGGAUGUUCCUUGAUAUUUAACUAUGUAGGAGAGAGGCACAUGUCUGUUCAAAUAUAUGAUCCAAGUGGUUGCGAAAGAACUUGCUUCACCUAUCCAGUGCGACAACUGAACAAUCAGAACUGCUAUAAUGUUGGGGUUGAGGAGAUUUCUGAAAUGGGAUCAGCUCCUCGAACUGCAGCCAUGGGGAUGCCUCAAAGAAAGGGAGUCUCUAUUUCCGAUAUCCAUAAUGGGUUUGGGAAGCCGAUGGGAGGUAUUGCCAAGGAGAAAAUGGGUGCCUCCGGGCAAGUAAUCCUAACGAAGGUAGAACUUGUGCAUGUAAAACAAGAAAUUUGUUUGGAAGAGGAAAUGGAUGCAACCCCAUCUGCAAAUGCUAGCCACUCAUCAAAGGACCCUAUUAGCCCACCGCCCGUAUAGUGUUUGCUUUCUUUAUUUCACUAUUAAUUACAUCCAAUCUUUUGAAACAUUCUAAAUUCUUGCAUUUGUAACGCAAUAGAGUUGAC